GAGUUGCCGAGUUGGUGCAGAGAGAGUUUGUGAGACGAGCAGUGAACAGUGGGUGUUGGGUUCCUUAUCGAAAAAUUUUUUUGGAAAAAAUAAAUAAAAAAGUUUGGGGGAAAAAUGAAUAAGUAUAUCCUUGGUUCAGCUGUGGUCGUGACCUUAUUGGCAGCCUUCGUCCGGCAAGGUGAAAGUGUACUAUGCUGGCAGUGCAACAGUGCAAUUGACCCCCGAUGUGGAGAGCAUAAUUUCGACAGGCACACUCUAGACCAGGUAGAUUGCAGUCAGCUUAAAAGAGACCACUUGCCUGGUAUGGAAGCUUUGUACUGCAGAAAAAUUGUACAACACAUUCAAGGAAACACUCGAACAGUCCGUGGAUGUGGUUGGAUCGAUGAUGCCAAAUACCCAGUUGGAGAAUGUUACACAAGGACAGGUACCAAGGAUAUCAUGAUUACCUACUGCCACUGUGAGGGGGACGGUUGCAACCCGGCAAAUACUGUGAUGGCCUCAAUGGGUUUGGCUGUUAUUCUUGUGGUUCUUACAAAACUCUUCUAGAUUUUUCAAGAACAAAGCAAAAAAGUUAUAAAACCACAAACUACACACCCAAAUUACCCCGCCCUUCCACCCGAGAUUAUUUUUGAAAGGUUAUUGAUGGCUUUCUUUCAUUUCAUCUGUCCUAAUACAAAAUGUUACAAUAUACUGUAAUCAAAGCUGAUAAGACCUGUGUUGUUAAACUAUUGUUUGGUAAUAUACUUUAAGAAAAAAGGAUCUGAUGUUAGAAGAAGGCUUGGUAAUGAUGAAAUAGUUACAAACCUAAAACUUGAAUUGAAUUGCAUUUAAACGUGUAAUGAAAAAUUGGAGAUAUGUUCACCUAAAAGUUGCUGAAAUUGUCCCAAAACAUCAUAACCCGGACCAAUCAAAAUCUCGGUCAUUCACAAAAAUCCUACUGCCAUUAACUCUUGUUAAACAGACCUCUCUCUCAUACCAUGUAUCAGUGAAAAUGGAGGAUACUCACUUUAGUCUCAUAAGAAGUUUCCUUAUGUAAAGCAUCACAUACUGUUCAAGGUAGCAUUGAUUAGGGCAGAAUUUUCCCAUUGUUUGCAAUGCAAACCUAAUAAUUCAUUUUGUUCCGAAGUGUUAUGCACUGUUCAUAAUACAGAAGCAUAAUUGUUACACUUUAUAGAUAUUAAUGAUAAUGCUGUAGUCGUAUGAAGGACAUUCCAAAGUACAGUACUACCAAGAGUUGUUUAUACUAUACGUCUGCCAAUAUGUUGUUGUCAUUCAGGUGAACACUGAAAAAUAAAAACAAGCUUUGUCUACAUAUGCAAUUGAGAUCAAAAGAUGUCGUCAAUGAAUUGAGCGCUGCAUGAAAGGAAUGUGUGUUAUCAAUAAGGAUCAAAGAGAUAUAAUUUGAGCUUCUGCCUUAGAGAGUGGAUGAAGCAAAUUUGCUGUAGAGUUCCACAUUGCCUUUUUGCACCUAUUAUUAUUCAGAAUCUAAGGGAAAGUUACUAUGAAAUAGGAUGCAAGCAGUUGGAAGCUAUUGGACUGCUACUCAAUUCACUAAGUUUCUGUAAAGUCCUUCGUCCUUCUGAAAAAUCUUUCAUUCAAGAUGAGGCAAAAGUUACUGAAUGUUAUGAAACUGCUUUUUUUUCUAUUUCAUAAUCGCUUUCCCAUUCCUUAUGUUCCCAACCUCAAUGUUUCCAAACACUGCUUGAGAUUCAGGCCUACUAUGCAAAACUCUCAUAAUCCCAUGAGUGAGGCUUUGAUCAAGGGAACCGUGUCAUCUGUUGUCUAAAUUCCCUGACCAAUUUGGAAAAACUUGAGAUAUUCAUAAAAACUAGCAUGUUCUCAUCUUUUUUUAUUUUUUUCUUUGAAUCUUAGCCAAAUAUUUUUCAACAAGUCCUGAGCAUACUGUGACAUGGUAUUAUUCAGUAUGCAAAAUUAGACUGCAACAUGUUAGGUUACCAAAUAAAAAAAGGUAGUGUACUAGUACUGCUUAUUUGCAGCAAAUGUAGUUUGAACAUUUUUAAAUAUAAAGAGAGAAAUAUAUUGUACAUGUUGAGAGAGAAAGUGAAGCCUUGCACUGUACAUUUUACCUUGUAUAUUCAAAUUUAGAUUUCACUUUAGUACCAUUGCGUUCUUUAUCAUUUGUAAAUCUCUAGGAGACUAAACCUCACUUUCGUAUGUGAAGAUGUAAAAAAAGAAACAAAAGAAAAAAAAAAGAACAAAACGCCAACAUUACGUUGCAUAGACAUACCUCCCAAUUUAGUUACCUUUACCUGACUGAGGUUCUUUGGUGUUUGCUUGGGUUCCAGGCAUGUGCUUGGAAAGUUGCAUACUCACAGAAAUUCUUAGUGCAAAUGAUGGUAAUAUUCACAACUGUAGCAUAAUAUGUAAAUAGAUAUGCAGUUUUGAUGCUCUCUUCUGCUUUCCAGUGGAAACAUCUGCCUUGUAAAAAGCGAGUUCAAAUUGUGCUUAGUGACAUAGGGUUAAAUGACUGUUUAAGAAAUAGAUUUUGUCCAAUGAACAAGUCUUAAAACUUAAGAGAUACUUAAGGGGUGACUGAUGGUAUAGCUGUCAGUUUUUACAAAGCUCUCAUUAGAGCAAAAUGAGACCCAGGGCUCGAUUGGUCAAGCUCUAAUGCAAACAGAAAACAGCAGACAACUUUCUUUCCUUUUUUUUACUGUUUUUUUUGGCUGUUAAUAGAUUUUUUGUCAUGUAAUGACAAAAGCAUGAAUUGUUGGUGAAGAAUUGCUGGACCCUUUAUAAGAACUUCCUUGUGUUCUCAACCUAAGAAUCUGUGAGCAAAUUUCUGCUAGUAUUUGAGUUUGACAGAAGAGAUCCCAUUUCUGUAGCAGAAGUUUUGGUGUUACAAGAAAAGUAUCAACUAAUGCCUUAUUCCUCUAUGUCUAUAUUUUAUCUUACAGUAUCUAAUUUUACUUUACUGACCAGACUCAACACAGGUUUUCAUUUGCAAACCCAUUAUUCCUCACUGACAAGAUUUUCUUCAGGGCAUAAUUCUGAAGGAAAUUAACUAACUGGUAUUGUAUUACUAUUCUCCUGCAACACUCAGUCUGUCAGUACAGUAGAGCUACAGUUUGACCACAUAGGAAACCAAAUUGGAAUUAAAAGUCUGUAAGGCUAGUUAUCUCAAUAAAUAAUUUUUUUGGCAUUACACAAAAUUUCUAUCACAAUUCAAGUGGAUAAAACUAAGAAUUUAAAGAUUGUAAGUACUAUGCAUUGGAGCAAACACAACCACAAAAUAUGAGUUCACAAUUACUCAUCAACAAACACUACCAAGAGUCAAUAAAUUAUUUGACAUUACACAAAAGGAUUUAAUGUGUAAUGAAGUUAACAUUUGUGUAAUAUUGUGUCUGGAGUUAAACAUACCUGCACUUUGUAUAUAUAUAUGUACACACUUUUACCUGCAAUUUGUUAAUACUAUAUUCAUUAUGUACAGCAUAAGUAAAUGCCCUUCUUAUGUGGUACCCUCAGUUGUCUCCAGAGAGAAGACAAUGCUGCAAGAGCUCAGAAUGACUUUUAUGUGUAUGUGGAACAAAAACAUACUGUAAAUUAUACUACCAGUGUUCAUGUCAAGCGUCUCUACACUUCAGUAUGAUGUUUGCCUGUUUCUACUUGUCAAUACACUUCAGCUAACUGUGCAA